AUGCCCGGAGACUACCAGACGGCCGAACCGCCCGGGCUCGGCCACCUGCCCACCCUGCUGGCCCGGCUCCUGCGCCAGGCCCACGCCGACGAGCAGACCCGGGGGGCGCUGCUCUGCGACCCGCGCGUGCGGCACAUCGGGACGAGCUCGGACAAGGCCCGGCUGGGCGCGGGCGACUGGGCGUGGGGAUGCGGAUACCGCAACCUGCAGAUGCUCAUCGCGCGCUGGCAGCAGAUCAUCGAGGACGCCUGGGCCGCCGGCUUCGACCCCGACGGCGCCGCCCAUUUCCACCGCCGCCUGGUCGGCAAAAAACAGUGGAUCGGAACCACCGAGGUCUACGUCGCUCUUUGCAGGUUGGGCCUCAGAUGCCAAAUCGUCGACUUCCCGUCCCCCAGCGGCCCGAACGGCCAGCAUACCAAAUUGAUGCAAUGGAUCGAAAAUUACUUCAGAUCUGCUUCCAACCCGGCUGACAAAGGCCCAUCCGCGAUCACGACGACGACGCGGUUCCCGCUAUACUUCCAGCACGACGGGCACAGUCGGACGAUCAUUGGGAUCGAGACGGACGCCAAGCUCCAGCCGCAGCUGCUCAUCCUGGACCCAGCGAAGAAGGUGGCCCCGCCGUUAAGAAAGCUCUCCGAGCAGAUGUCGGCCGCCGAGAGCGCCCCGGCCCAGCCCGGGCGUCCCGUAGACACGACCACCCCGGCCUCCGCCGGCUCCGUCGGCCCCACGCGCGCCCGGAAAGCCCCCGAGCUCGACCUGCACGCUCAUCCGAAGCUGCUCGGCGCCCACCGGCUGACCCUGAAAGAGCUCAGCAAGAAGAAGCAGUACCAGAUCCUCUACGUCCUUGACCACGUGCCCAAGCCAGCUACCGCCGACCCCGACCAGCCCAAGUUCCACACCAUCCGCUCUCUGCGGAUCGUCUGA